UUCCGUGUUACAUUACUCUUAGUGCGCGCGUGGAUCCCACGCAGCAAUGUAUUUGGUAUUUCCCAAACCAUUACCGUGUUCCAGACCCCACUCUAACAUUUCUUCCAAAAUCCACACUACACAAGUUCAGUCAAUAGAAUCUAGAGGAGAGGACGAAACAUUAUUUAAAACGAUAGUUUCAAACCAACAAAAUUGGAAAAGAAAAAGAAAGGGUCACAUAGCGAAACAGUUCAGAGAAAUUUCCCGGAUUUCCCGGCUAUCCAAACGGAUUUCUUUCCAGUUAAUUUUCGCUUUCUCACAGCUGUACCCUAUUUUCUCUUCCCUUUCUCAUCCAUUCACCGUUCUUAAACUUCUCAUCAAUACUUUUUCCGUUUCCAUCCGCAGGAACUUUCCCGGAAAAUCCCCAAUUCCCAACAGAUUUUCCUCCUCCUCCGUCAUUUCGACGCCGAUUCCAUCGUCAUCGACGUCGACGUCGACGCGAUCCUCCUCAACGAUGAGUUUCGAACGACCGCGAUUCUCUUCUCGCUCGUCAUUUUCUCGGGAAGUUCCGUUUACCUAAAAAGAAAAAUUCAAUUUCCGACGAACAAAAAGCGACGAAUAGAAAAGAGAAACAAACAAAUUGAAAUCUUCCGAUGAAUCGACAAGUCGUGGUGCGAUCACCGCCGUUGAAUCGACGGACGCCGCUGUUGCCGGAGAAAUCGGCAGCGAACGGUCGUGAUAGGCGGCGGAUCGGCGAGGUCGCGGGAAGAACGGCGGCUGAGUGCACCGCCGUUUGUUGUUGCUGCCCUUGCACCGUCGUGAACCUUCUGGUGCUCGCUUUAUACAAAGUUCCGGUGGGGAUUUGCCGGCGGGCCUGGGCCAAGAGGCGUAUGAGACGGCAGCUUUUGGCGAAGAGGAAUGGCCUGCUUCAGCAGAGGCCCGCUGGGCCUGACGCUUGUCGGUCCACUGUGGAGGAGUUGGAGGCUGAGUUGAGGCGUGUAAAGGAGGGGAAGAUCGACGGUGGUAAUGGCGGUGGUGAUGCGGCGUUCGGAGCCGUUGACUUUCCGGAGGAGGAAAUGUGGGACCGGUUCUACAAUACGGGGUUCUGGAGGAGUCCUUCGCAGAGAGAAUCCUGCCCCUGAUUGAUUUGUUUGUACAUAGUUGCCAACUCCUCUUUUUCUUUUUUCUUUUUUUUUAAAGAAAUGAAUGGAAAAGAAAUCGUCGUUUAAAGAAAUUUGUCGUUUUGGGUGAAAGCUCACGGAGAGAGCCCUGCACUCCCCCGCAGAUGAAGGGUCUUGCAUUAUUGCAUAGGUGAUUAAAGUACGGAAGAAUGCUUUAAUAAUUUUCCGUUGUUUUUCAUUGCAUCUCUGUAGCAGUGUACCCAUAAUUUAGGAGAACCCUAGGGUCAUGCGACCCUUCUUCUGCAGUGGUGGCCACCA